AUGGGGUUUAUGCUAAAGGAUGAAACCAUCUUAAACCCACGAUUUUUCUACGCCCGCAUUGGUGCGUAUGAAGCAGUAAUUCCACAGCUACGGACAGUUUUACUCAGGUGUGCGCUCAGGUUUCAUGGGAUCAUUUCUCGGGAGCAAGCAGAUGAAAUACUUGCUGGCGUAGAAGGAGCAUAUAUUCUUAGAGAAAGCCAGCGACAACCCGGCUGCUAUACUCUUGCUCUCAGAUUUGGUAAUCAGACCUUAAACUACAGGUUGUUCUAUGAUGGGAAGCACUUUGUUGGGGAGAAAAGAUUUGAAUCAAUCCAUGAUCUAGUUACAGAUGGCUUGAUAACAUUGUAUAUAGAAACAAAGGCUUCUGAGUAUAUUUCCAAAAUGACAACAAACCCCAUCUAUGAACACAUUGGAUACGCCACUUUGCUUAGAGAAAAAGUGUCCCGGCGGCUGAGCAGAACUAAAAAUGAGUCAAGAAAAGCAAGUGUAACAAGUGAAGAAAAUACCCCGGUUGAAAAGGACAAGAAAAAGUCUUUCUUCUGGCUUUUUCCCACUUUAUGCUUCAGAAACCCCAACACAGAUACCCUGGUUUCUACCUAUAGAGCACCGGCACAGCAAAGAAAAACAGUCACAUUCUGCCGCAGCACAGAAGAUGCAAGAAGGACCAGCAGCAAAGGGGUUAAAGGAAGUCCCAUAGCAAAGAUAUGCAAUGCCUUGAAAUUUUAAGCACUAAAAUCUACAAAUACAUAAGAGAAUAAAUCUUUGCAAUUCCAGAUAUUUCUGGUUGACAUAAAACACUCAGAGCCAGUUAUAUAGAGAGUUUUUUCCUGUGAGCACUGGAAUUGGUGAUGCCUGGUUCCUUAUUCAUUUGUGCUCUAUCUUUCUGCACACCUUACUCACACUUGAGUAAGCCCAGCCAUCUUUACAGACCUUUCACACAUCCCUCCCUUGUCCCCACUCCUCCUCCUACCCUCUUCUCCCCUCCACAUUUCCUUUUCCCUACCUGCAAAGGAGGCAGAAGACAUUGCUGCCAGGCCACCCAGGAGAGAAACCACAGGAGCUCUGACCACAGGCUGCAUCUCUCACCUCAGUCUGGCCACCAAAUUUCAUAAAACUCAUGACAUCUGUUGUUCCAUCAACUUCAGCUAGAAUUAGUCAUCUGGUUCAAAAGAUAGACACAGCAAGUGGCAAAACAGAUUCACAUACACUGCAAUCACAUUUCUGUAGGCAACCAGGCUAA